AUGCUGUGGUCCUAUCGGACUACACCGAGGUCUGCUACUCAAGAAACGCCAUUCUUCUUAACCUACGGAUCUGAGGCGGUAGUCCCUACUAAGUUCAUCACUCCAAGUCCUCGGAUGGCGGCCUUCACCGCCGAGGUGAACGACGAAAAACGGAAGAUUGACCUCGAUCUCACUGAGGAACUAAGAGAUGCCUCAGCAGCACGAAUAGCUCUCUACAAGAAUAUCCUCGCCAAUUACUACAACACUCGGGUCAGACACCUUCAGUUCAGACCGAGAGACCUGGUUCUACGGAAGAACUCUGUCAGCCGAUCUGAACCACAUGGCAAGUUAAGUCCGAAGUGGGAAGGCCCUUACCGAAUUGUAGAGUUAAGUUACUGA